GGCCAGCCGCGCGUCCAGCGCCUCCUCGGCGGCGGCGAGCCGCUCCUCCGCGCGCGCGAGCGCCCGGCGGUGCUCGCCGGCGACGAGCCGCAGGAACGGCAGCGCGAGCCACGCGUGGAGGGUGUCGAGGCCCGCGCACGUCUUCGCCGAGGCGCUCAGCACGCGGAUCCGCCUCCCGAGCGGCUCCAGCGCGGCGGCCACGUCGCUCUCAGUCAGCCCGCUCCCGUCGGCGGCGUCGGCGAAGCUCCGGAGGACGACCGCGUCGACGCCGCCGGGCAGCCCGCGCAGCUUGUCCACGACGUAGUCGAGCGUCGUCGCGUCGCGCGGGUCCACGAGGAACACCGCGGCGGCGGCGCCGUCGUAGACGUCGAUCGACGCCGCGUCGACGGCCCCCUCGGCCUCCGCCUCGUCGCAGACGUCCCAGACGUCGACCUUGCACCGCUCCCGACCGUCGCGCGGCGCCCACGCGAUGGUGGCGGCCCGGAGUUCCCGCGUCGCCUCGUACGCGUCGCUGAAGCCGCGGCCGGCCAGGCGCUCGAACAGCGCCGUCUUCCCCGCGCGCCGGCCGCCGCGCAGGACGACGCGCAGGUUGUAGCGGACGCCCUGCGUGCCGAGCCGCUCGCGCAGCCGCGCGUCGACGCGCGCGAUGCCCCG